CCAUCUGGCAGCACUGGUAUAUUGCGUCCAAAUUACCCAAAUUGCUACGGCUUUGAUUGCAAUAUAUCGAUAUAGGCACUCUUUAUUGCACCGCGCAUAGUCCAUUAUUUUGCUUGCCAAAAUACCAAAAAGACAACAGCAUUAUUUCCCAUUGUGACAAAGCCUGGAUACAGCGAAGAUAGUAGACAAGAUAAUGAAUUGAAUGCUUGUUUCAGUUUUCUUACUUCGUAAUGAGUUAAAACAUUAAUCACCUCAACCUUGAUUCGGAAGGAUUUUAAUCAGGAAAUGGAGAAGCUGCUCAAAGAUUUUUCACAUCUGACCAAGAAACCUGAAAAUUUUCUUCGACCAGAUGCUGCUGCUGUGGAGGAAUUCAAGAAGGUUACGAAGGGCCUGUAUGACAUCGCAGCAGAUUCUUUGAAAAACAAAGCUGAAUUGCCAAUCCAGGAACUAAUUAUUGAUGGUUUUGAUGAAGAACAAAUAUGGCAGGAGCUGGAGUUGCUGAACGAGCUCGAGUGGCCAGCUCUGUCACGCGAUGUCAGUCGUCUGGUGGCUGCCAGCGAGCAGCUGGCGCUGACGGUGCAGCCUGUCGGAGAUGCCACAGACGCGGCGAGUCCCGCUCAGCAGCGAGACGGGGCGGAUGUAGACGCUGGCAGUGAGGACGGAGAGGACGGUAUGGAUGAGAGCGAGGAGGACGGGGACGGUGAUGGGAGUGAUGUGGAGGACGGGGAUGGUGGGGAAGACGGAGAGUCGGAGGACGGGGACAGUUUGGGGGACAGCGAAGGUGACGGUGAGAGCGACCAGGAGGCGGCGGCCAGUGGUGACGAGGGCGAGGCGCUGCCCGAACGGCCGCGCACCGCCCGGUCCGUGGUGGACGACCAGUUCUUCCGUCUGGGCGAGCUGGAGCAGUUUCUGGAGAGGCAGGACCGCCAGUUCGAGCGGGAGCGGCUGCGCCGGCCCGAUGAGGACGAACAGGGCGGCCUGGACCUGUUCACCGAAACGGCCGGCGAGGAGCGCGCCGCCCGCCGGCCGCGCGACGACGACGGCGCCGACGAUAUGGCCAUGUUCGCAGACUUCUUCGACCCACCUGACGACGCCCCAGCAAAGGGAAAUAAAGGCAAAAAAGAUCUGCUGGCCUCGGAUAGUGAAGGGGAAGACGUUUCCGACAUUCUGGGAAGCACAAAGAAGUCGACAGAGCUGAAAUCGAGUCUAGAAGUCAGACAAGAGAGGCUCAGGUCGCGUAUCGAGCAGCUUGAGGAGGAGAACCUGGCCGAGAAGAGCUGGCAGCAGCGCGGAGAGACGGCCGCCGCCGGCCGCCACGAGAACGCCCUGCUCGAGGAGUACGUGGACUUUGAGCAAACACGGCGCGCGCCCGUCACCACCGCCCAGGUGACGGCCGAAAUCGAGCGGCUCAUCCUGCGGCGCAUCAAGGACAAGGCCUGGGAUGACGUGGAGCGCAAAGUGAAGCCCGUCACCGACCCGUACCAGUACAAGAAGAAGCUGCUGCUCGACCAGGAGAAGUCCAAACUCAGCCUGGCGCAGAUCUACGAACAGGAGUACCUGAAGCAGAAGGCCGACGCCGAGAAGAAGCCCGAGGUGGACCUGGGUCUGGCGCACGACGAGGUCGAGGACGUGCCCAAGGAGCACGAGGAGAUCCGCCGGCUGAUGGCCGACCUCACGGCGAAGCUGGACACGCUCACCAACUUCCACUACGUCCCCAAACAGUCGUCGGCCGAGGUGCGAAUCAUCAGCAAACUGCCGUCGAUAGCCAUGGAAGAGGUGACUCCGCUGGGCGCCUCCAACGCCACUCUGCUCGCUCCAGAGGAGAUCAAGGACAAGCGUCGCUCCCAGCUGCUGGCCAAGGAGGAGCGCACCGACACGGACAAGAAGCGCGAGCGGCGCGGCAAGAAGCGGCGCCAGGCGGCGCAGGCGCGCGGCCGCGAGGAGAAGGAGCGCCAGCAGGCGACUCAGCCGGCGCAGCGCCGCUCGGCCGGCGACGCCAAACGGCUGGCGGAGGCGCAGCUGGCGCGCGCCGAGAAGCGCGGCAACGUCAUACGGGCUGACGAGAAGGUGGGCAAGAAGGCUCUGAAGUCGUCGUCGGCCUUCUUCAGUCAGCUGCAGGACCAGGUGACGGCCCAGGUGACCGGCGCGCCGCCGGCCAAGAAGAAGCGCAAGAAGGCCACCUCGGUGGAGGUGGCCAGAAUGAAGCUGUAGCCGUGUCGGCAGCACGCGGGCGGGCCGACAGAUGGGAGAGGGUGCGUCAUGCUGAUCAUGUAUGCUGUGUAACAUGCUGAAUACAUUGUUAUUUGAUACCGGUA